AUAUCCGUGCUUUAUGAGGUCUCGAGUCCACUUGGACACAUGUGAAUUCCAAGAGGAGAAGUGAUGAACAGAAAACUCAGGCUGCCAACUAUUUCCACCAACGACAUUCUUCUUAAUGCUGCUUUUACAUCUUUGCCAAGCCCGGUGGAAGAGCUUGCGGACGAAGCGGAGUUUCAGGUAGAGCUUUGAAAUCUGAUUAGAUCUUCUAUAAAUGGCCCUGUCAUUGCUGCAAUGUGGUAGCACAAGGAACGCCACACCUGCACGCCAUGCGUUUGUCUCUCGUUUCCCUGCUCGGCCUCGCCGUAGGCCCGGCCCUCGCCGUGCCCCAGAGCGCGCAGCACCUCGGGCUGGAGAGGGACUUUGGCACCAUGCUGAAUGCCCACUCGGCCCGCGGGCUGCCUGCUCCGGGCAAGAACGGCGUGUUCCUCAUGAACCGGAUUGGCCCCUCGGCCUCGGAGCUGUACGUCGCGAACGCAGACGGCAGCAACGAGCGCAAGCUGCUGGCGAAUAGCUCGCGGUUCGAGUACCACGCGUCCUUCUCCCCGGACGGCAAAUGGAUCUCCUUCACCUCUGAGCGCAACGGCGACGGCAACUCGGACAUCUACCGCUGCCGGCCCGACGGUUCCGGACUGGAGAAGCUGGCGGCGUCGCCGUCGGUUGAGGAUGCCGUGGCGCUGUCCCCGGACGGGAGCAAGGCAGCCUUCGUCUCCACGGCAAACGGCUACAAGACCAACGUCUGGGUCAUGGACCUGGCGACAGGGCACCAGCGCAACCUAACCAACACGAACGAGGUAGCCGGAGAUCCCAGCAAGCCGGACGGCUACUUCCGCCCAAGCUGGUCCCCCGACGGCAAGUGGAUCGCCUUCUCCUCGGACCGCAACACGCAAUGGCGCGGCCACGGCAACGGCACCGGCUGGGAGCACACGCAGGAGCUCUCGGUCUAUGUCAUCAGGCCCGACGGCACCGGCCUCCGCAAGCUGGCCACAAAGCCGGGCUACUGCCUCGGCUCGCCUAAAUGGUCGCCCGACGGCAAGCGCGUCGUCUACUACGAGGUCACGACGGAGAACACGUGGGGCGCGCACCGGCCCGAGUCGGUGGACAGCGUCGCGUCGCAGAUUGUAUCGGUCGACUUCGAGACGGGUCAGGACCGCGUCGAGCACACGGCGGGCUCCGGGCUGAAGAUGUCCCCGCAGUACGUGGCCGCGGACGCGAUUGGGUUCCUGGUCAAGGGCAACGAGAACAACGAGAAUGCCGGGCUCAACUACACGUCGUACGCGCCGGGCCGCGCCGCGGUCAAGGGCCAGAUGCGCUCGCCGGCGUGGUCGCCCGAUGGCAGGACGGUCGUCUACGAGAAGGUCAGCUUCGCGGCGCGCCCGAUGGAGAAGAAGCUGUACAGCUGGGACGCCGAGUGGGAGUACCGCUUCACCGACGUCUUCCCCGACCUGUCGCGGCAGGGCCGGCUGGCCAUUACGCAGAAGCAGCUGGGCAACUCGUCGAUCGUGACGAUGAGGCCGGACGGGCUGGACGAGCAGAUGGUGUUUGACACGUUCAAGAACGCGAGCGACGCCGACUCGUCGCUGGUGAGCCAGGGCCUGGCGGGCGCGUUUCAACCCACAUGGUCGCCGGACGGUGAAUGGAUCGCGUUUGGCUUCGGGGCCUGGUUCCAGGCGCGCGCGACGGGAAAAGCGCGCGUGAUGCGAGCCAAGGCCGACGGAUCUUUCUCGGAGCAGCUGACGGACGGGUCGGUGCACUCGGGCUUCCCCAGCUUCUCCGCCGACGGCCGCCAGCUCGUCUUCCGCGAGUGGGGGCUCCGCUACGGCCUGCGCAUCAUGGACCUCGCCGACAAGAGCGUGCGCGUCCUCACCAAUGCCACGGACAACCUGCCCUUCUUCUCCCCCGACGGCGCGCGCAUCGUCUUCACCCGCAAGACCAGCCCCACCAACUUCGACGUCUGCACCAUCCGCCCCGACGGCUCCGACCUGCGCGUCCUGACCUCCAGCGGCGCCAACGACGCCCACGCCGUCUGGUCCCCCGACGGCCGCAUCCUCUACUCCUCCGGCAUGUACGGCUUCCGCGACGAGGCCGCCAUCUACGACCAGACCUUCCAGCCCUACGGCCAGAUCAUGGCCAUGGACGCCGAUGGCGACAACAAGCGCAUGCUGACUGACAGUCUGUGGGAGGACUCUAUGCCGCUGUACCUGCCGAAUGACGUGCUGUACUGAGUUAGUCUCUGUAGUUUUGAAAUACACUAUGCUCUCUUUCAGUGCUGUAGGCAAAACUGUUAUCUGCGACGUUGUGGCUCGCUGGCUAUGGUACCGUGGUACUCUGAUACGUCCCCCAAGUCGUGUUUAUCGCGUGGCAUCAUCCCUACUAAACCAAUCGCCAAACUGCUAUUUCAAACCAUGUCUGCCC